ACGCGUGUUGUUAUUUUUAUUUCUCCUUGUACACCAAUGCUUCCAGAAUUAAUUGGGUGACAGUCUAAGAAUACACAGAUAUAUGGCCUGAAGAUGUGUAUGUCCUAAAAGAUGGUGUCCACAAUUAGAAGCAGCUUGUGUUUGGCUCCCACCAGGACUUGGUAGGGACAACCCUCAUCCGCUUGGGGUCUGAGGGUGAGGAAGUCUGUCUGGAUCUCUGGCCUGCCAGUAGGAGAGCAUGUGCGAUUAUCAGAUCCAGUUCCAAAAAUGCUCGAGAUCUCUCAAACUGAGAAGGGACGCAAGCAAUCCUACAGCCCUCCUAAAUUCUGAGACUCCGUUAAGUGUUAAAAAUUCCCCGGGAUGUGAAAUUACCUCCCUUUCAAGUUCUCCACUAACUAACGCGCAGCCGCUGCAAACCUCAGCCGGUACCUGCAAUCUGGAAGGCUAAGAGAGAGCAUCCUGAGGUGCUCGCCUGGCUGCUGGGGGAAGUGUUGGCCUGCCUGGGUCCUUGCAUCGCCCCUUCAGCAGUGUGAGGCAGCAUUUUUGUCCUGCAGGUACAGUAGGUACUGGAUUAAACAGGUCUGCUGUUGAAGACAGACACCAGGCACCGUUCUAGCACGAGCUGUGUUUGGAUUGGAGUUUCCAGGGCCUUAUCAGGAGCCACCCCUAGUGACACAGCCAGUGCCAGAACUAACUUUGACUUUCACUCUUCGCCAAGGGCUCGAAGAGCACCUUAAAGGAAAAAAGAUGGAGGCGCUUAGAGUUCAGAUGUUCAUGCCUUGCUCCUUUGAAAGCUUGUAUCUUUCCGAGGAGCAUCCUGGGGCCUCCAAGCCUCCGAUAAGCUCCUCCAGUAUGACAUCACGCAUCUUGCUACGCCAGCAACUCAUGCGUGAGCAAAUGCAGGAGCAGGAGCGCAGGGAGCAGCAGCAGAAGCUGCAGGCGGCCCAGUUCAUGCAACAGAGAGUGCCAGUGAGUCAGACCCCGGCCAUAAACGUCAGCGUGCCCACCACCACCCUUCCCUCUGCCACCCAGGUGCCGAUGGAAGUCCUCAAGGUGCAGACCCACCUCGAAAACCCCACCAAGUACCACAUACAGCAAGCCCAAAGGCAGCAGGUAAAGCAGUACCUUUCUACCACUUUAGCAAAUAAACAUGCCAACCAAGUCCUGAGCUUGCCAUGUCCAAACCAGCCUGGCGAUCAUGUCAUGCCACCAGUGCCGGGGAGCAGCGCACCCAACAGCCCCAUGGCUAUGCUCACACUUAACUCCAACUGUGAAAAAGAGGGAUUUUAUAAGUUUGAAGAGCAAAACAGGGCGGAAAGCGAAUGCCCAACUAUGAACACACAUUCACGAGCGUCAUGCAUGCAGAUGGAUGAUGUAAUUGAUGACAUCAUUAGCCUAGAAUCAAGUUAUAAUGAAGAAAUCCUGGGCUUGAUGGAUCCUGCUUUGCAGAUGGCAAAUACGUUACCUGUCUCUGGAAAUCUGAUUGAUCUUUAUGGCAACCAAGGACUGCCACCCCCAGGCCUCACCAUCAGCAACUCCUGUCCAGCCAACCUUCCCAACAUAAAAAGGGAGCUCACAGCGUGUAUUUUUCCCACAGAAUCUGAAGCGAGAGCAUUGGCCAAAGAGAGGCAAAAAAAGGACAAUCACAACUUGAUUGAAAGAAGAAGACGAUUUAACAUAAAUGAUCGCAUUAAAGAACUAGGUACUUUGAUUCCCAAGUCCAAUGAUCCAGACAUGCGCUGGAACAAGGGAACCAUUUUGAAAGCCUCUGUGGACUAUAUUCGAAAGUUGCAACGAGAACAGCAACGUGCAAAGGAACUUGAAACCCGACAGAAGAAACUGGAGCAUGCCAACCGGCACCUGUUGCUCAGGAUACAGGAACUUGAAAUGCAGGCUCGAGCUCAUGGACUUUCGCUCAUCCCAUCCACGGGCCUCUGCUCUCCAGAUUUGGUGAAUCGGAUCAUCAAGCAAGAACCCGCUCUUGAGAACUGCAGCCAAGACCUCCUUCAGCACCACGCAGACCUCCCUUGUACGACGACACUCGAUCUCACAGAUGGCACCAUCACCUUCAACAACAACCUUGGAGCCGGGACCGAAGGCAACCAGGCCUAUAGCGUCCCCACGAAAAUGGGAUCCAAACUGGAAGACAUCCUGAUGGAUGACACUCUUUCUCCCGUUGGCGUAACUGACCCACUCCUUUCGUCGGUGUCUCCCGGAGCCUCCAAAGCCAGCAGCCGAAGGAGCAGCAUGAGCAUGGAAGAAACCGAGCAUGCUUGUUAGCAGGCCCUCCCUGCUCUGCGCUGUCCAAAACUGCUUCCUUUCUUGAUUCGUAGGUUUCAUAAUUUACCUGAAGGGGUUUUCUUGAUAAUUUUCCUUUAAUAUGAAAAAAUUUUUUUUCAUGCUUUAUCAAUAGCCCAGGAUAUAUUUUAUUUUUAGAAUUUUGUGAAACGGACUUGUAUAUUCUAUUUUACAACUACAAAUGCCUCCAAAGUAUUGUACGAUAAGUGUGCAGUAUCUGUGAACUGAAUUCACCCCGGACUCUAGCUUUCUGAGCAAGAGGAUUUUUGCAUCAGAGAAAUUUCUGUCCAUUUUUAUCCAGGGGAGACUUGGUUUGAGAUUUUUAUGCCUGUGACAUCUUUGGAAAUUAAGUGUCAAGUUUAAUCGAAAGAAUGUAAACCAACCAAAUAAAAGAAACCCAGAGAGAAAGAGAUUGAGGAAAGAGAAGAAGAAAAGAAAUCCACACUAACCCUUUUUUUAAUUUGGAAAUGUAUUGAUUCACUGGUACUGCCUUAAAGAUCCAGUACCGUUCUAACGCCAUUUAGUCUUUCUGCUGCGAACUAUUUAAGGCAAUACAAUAUUCUGUAAAAGAAAAAAAAAGUGCAACCAAUUUUGUGAGGAUUGUCUGGUUAGAAAAUGUAACUGCUCUGCCAUACUUAGGUGCAAGUGAAAUUGAAGGGUUAGAGACCAAGGAUCUGAAACAUGGGGUCUCAUCUUGCUGUCCUUCACUCUCUGCUCUGAUUACAGUUACCCUCAUCCAUGAGUGUGAUUCUGUUUUCCCUAACCUAUAUUUUAUUUUGAAAAGGAAAUGCAUGUCCUCUCAAAGGAACAUAUUGAGGAGCCCUGAAAGUUGUCCUAUUUGUUUCUCCCCCCCCCCCUCUUCAAUUUCACUUUUGAUAAGAAAACCAAACUGGGCACAUUUCUAAUCAGCUUUCCUAUUUUUAUUUUUAAAUUAUGUUUUCCUGUUCAUUUGAUUUGUACAGAUUCUUUAUUAUCAUCGUUCUUUUCCAUGUUUGUAUUAAUUUGUAAGCGUAUGCAUCUUAAAAUGGCAAGGUUUCAAUAUUUUUACAACUCACUCGUGGUUUUCCGCAUUCUUUGUACACACGUGAAAGAAAACUUUUAUGCAAGGUCUUGUGUUUCAAGAGAGCUUUGCGAAUAUUUUGUAUAUGACAGUCUCACUCAGAACUGUUUUUUCCACACAUUUAAGGUGUAGUAUUAAUAGGUGAAAACCAGCUUUCUAGAGAGAAUAAACUUGCAUAUUUAUUUUUAGUGAUAUAAAAGUAGCAAUAUUCUUGGAGACUGAUAACCAUAGCGUUAAUACGCCCAUUGUAGUCACUUAAAUUGGGGUUCAUUUCAGCAAACUUGCUGAAUUUUCUUGAAGGAGCGAAAUACUGUGUUGGCAAAUUACUGUUACUUGAUAACAGUGUUUUAACAAGCAGCGACGUUGUAAGUUAGUCUCAGUGCAUUAUCUUGUGUAGUCCUAUGCAAUAAUAGUAUAGUGUUACAUGUAAUCUAUCUGGCCUACGUGUUUUAUACAGCUGACAUACGGUGUUAAGAGCCAGGCUGUUGAAUGGAAUUUCUCAGUAGCAGCCUACAAUUGAAUAGCAAGGGGCAUAAAGCAUAUCCAUUCAGAAUGAAGUGCCUUAAAUAUAGCAGUAGUCUUUUUUGGACUAGCACUGACUGAACUGUAAUAUAGGAGACAGUUUCAAGAUGGUAUCUAUAGUCAAGAGGAUCAUGGAGCAUGGUGCCUAUGUAGACAAUAUAAGAGCUUCCAAUUUUCCUUCAGAUAUUUUUAAUAUUAAAUAUAUUUUAGUGACAGAGUGCCAACCUCUUUCAUCAGGAAACCUUAUUCAGGAGUUUUUUUUUUUUUUUUUUUUUUUUUUUAAAGAAAACGAGUUUAAAUAUCAAAUCUGAAUUGGUGGAUGGGUAUUGGAUGGUUCAAAGCGAAGGUGUGAUUGUCAGGUGUUUGAAUGGAUGGCUUCCAUGAAAAUAAUCGACUGCAUAGUUCCCAUGCACGUCGGGCAACGAGAAUCCUUGGAGACAUUGAUGAUGCUAUCAGUUUUAUAGCUUUAUUACUUAAGGGGGUAGGGAAAAUUAAUUCCCAUUCUUUCAGUCCCCUUAAUUGUAUAGCUCUUUUCCUAGAAUAGUGAUGCAGAUUUGCAUGAACAGCUAACUGUACCAUAGUGUUCAUUGAUACAAUCAUAGCAUUGUCUGGUUUUCUCUUCAUAUCUCUAUGGGGGGAGGGGAGCCGGGUGAGGAAGUCAAAGAUCGCGAUGGUAUGAUGCUUCUUUUCUUUAGCUGAUUUUGAGGGUUCUUAAAAAAUGGUGCAAGGUUGCGUAGCCCCUGGCCCAGGGAAGGUGACCAGGGCCAAGUAACCUCAUAGAAAGCUCUGUUGAGAGGAAGCAUGGCAUCUUGUACCACUGUCCUGACUUUCGCAACUCCUGAGCUCACUGUUGCCUGCUUCCCCAUCCCCCUCUUCUUAAGAGACAAUUUCUGGGAUUGGCGGGUGAGUAAGCCCAGGAGAAUGCUGCAGCCUCGGGGGUGGUUUUAUUUCUUUCUUUUUUGCCAAAUCGAGUGUGGAUUUGUUGUAGGGACUAGUUAAGCCAAGAAGCGGUGGUUUGGGGUCACCGUUUGUGACGAGAGAAUGAUCCACACCACUCCCCCCAUCCCCGAGAGCAGACUGGUGCCUCGGGGUUGGGCCUCCAUGUGGAGGGACCAAAAUGCCAAACUUGCCCACCUGCCUCUGGGUAAGGCAACGGAAACACCAAACCUUUUGACUUUGCCAAAAACCCUACAACCAACCUGGUCAUACAUAGGAUGACAAAGUUCUUUCUGGUUGUUUUUUAAAUAAUAAAGCAAUAAGAACAAAUAAAAUACAUAGGAAGUUAAGAGAUAUAAAAUAAAGCACAAAGGAAUGCACUUAUUAAUAUUUUUUAAAAAUGCACUGGGGAAAAGUUGGUGUUGAUAACAGUAUAUUAAAAAAACCCUAUGUCUUGAAAAAAUGACAAAUGACUGUCUCUUGCGGACGCUUGGUACUGUAAUGUUAAUAAUAUAGUCACCUGCUGUUGGAUGCAGCAAUAAUUUCUGUAUGGUCCAUAGCACUGUAUAUUAUGGAUCGAUAUUAAUGUAUCCGAUGAAAUAAUUGAACUGUUGUUCUUGAUAGCCUCAUUAAAGCAUUUGGUUUUUCACAUA